CUCAACGCUGCGCCUCUUGCUUGUGCUUGCUUAGUACAUUUAACAAAUAUUCUACUUGACAGUUCUUGUCCUUGUAGUACCCUGGCCAACAUCGACCACCUAUUCAGUCUGGAAAGCGUCGACUGCUUCAUGCGUUUGUCCGUUUCGAAACUAUCCGACCACGAUCGUCCCUGUACGCAAUUUCGUAUACGAGUGAGUAGUAGAAAGCGGCCCCUCCAUACCCGUUAAUAUCUUUUGCACAACAUGGCUCAAGCUGCUGGCAUUGUUAACAUUCGCCGGGAUGUCGAUGAUAAAUUCUACCGUUACCGCAUGCCCAUCCUUCUCACUAAGGUGGAGGGCAAAGGAAAUGGAAUUAAGACUGUCCUGCCGAAUAUCCCGGAUGUUGCUCGUGCUCUCAGCCGCCCGCCUAUUUACCCCACCAAGUAUUUUGGGUCCGAGCUCGGCGCACAGACGAUGUACGACUCCAAAGCCGACCGCUUCAUCGUCAACGGCGCGCACCAGUCUGAGCGCCUGCGCGAGCUCCUCGAUGGAUUCAUCGAUAAAUACGUCUUGUGCGGAAGCUGCAAGAAUCCAGAGACAGACCUCAUCGUCACCAAGGACGAAAUGAUCGUGCGCGAUUGCAAGGCCUGCGGGCAGCGCACCAACGUCGACAUGCGCCACCGGCUCAGUUCCUACAUCGUCAAGAACCCGCCUAAGAAGUCUAAGAAGGAAAAGAAAGGGAAUGGCGACGCCGCCGCGAACGGCAAGAAUGGAGACGCCGACGCAUCGCCCGGCGACGACGGAGAGGGGUCAGACGAUGAACUGACUAAGAGGAUCAACGCCGAGGCGGCGGAACUGCCUGCAGUGCACGAAAAGUCUGGGCUUGGCGAUGACUGGUCCGCUGACACCUCGCCCGAGGCUGUUAAGGCCCGCACCGCCUCCAUCGAAGGCGCCUUCAAGUCCUCUCUUGUCAUUGGCGGAGAUGACGACGACGAAGAAGCGGAAGACACUGAUUCUCCCUACUACCAUCUGAAGACGUGGCUUCUUGAGAAUCGUGAGGAUGAAGACAUCACCUCUGUCGACCUCUACAAAAAGGCCCAGCAGCUCGGCAUCGACAAGAAGUACAAGACGAUGCAGACUAUCGGCGAGUAUCUGUUCUCCGAGGACAAUCCGCCCGUCGUGCCUGAGAGCAAGAUGAUCAAACGCUGGACUCCGGCAAUUAAGAAGCUCAUCAUCGCCAUGAAAGAUAGUGACAAGGCUGAGAAGUCUCUCCUCGGCGGCCUGGAGCGCUACGUCGGACUCGACCGCCCAGACCUCAUCCCGCAGGUGCCCAAGAUCCUCAUGGCUUGGUACCUCGAUGACUGGAUCCAGGAGGAGACUGUCACCCAGUGGGGCACCCACGUCAGCAAGAAGUACGUUGAUAAGGAGACGAGCAAGAAAGUCCGCUUGGCCGCAAAGCCGUUCCUCAAGUGGCUUGAGGAGGCGGAUGAUGAUGAGGAAGAGUGAGCGACGUUGCACACCCCGAAGCAGUGUGAUGUACAUAUGUAUGCUCUCCUGAUCCGGACUGUUGAUCGUUCGCCUCUCCGUCGCCUUAUUCUGCUUGCUUUUGACUUGCUCCGUACUGACUAUGUUGUCUCCCCACUCUUGCGCACCUGCCCUGAAAUAUGACUAUUCAACCUGUUUG